AUGGCUGCGAGAGUGCUGCUGCAACGGCGCGCAGUGCCGUUGGCAGCGUCCUUGCUCGUCGGAGGCGUGAUCCUGUCUCCACGAGUAGCACAUGCCGAAGCCCCAGAGUCAUAUGCACAGAGCAAGAAGCCUAUCUACGACGACUUCGAAGCCGUCCCCUCAACAGCCACUCUCCCACCCGCGACAUCAAAACCUGCAGAGCUCUCAGCGCCCAGCGAAGAGCGCAAGGUGUCUCGUGGGCCGACCCCUACCGACAGACUGGCUGUGCAGAUUCGCAAGGCGCGGCUCUUCCUGUACCGGCAGGCGUGCGCGGCUGAGGAUGCCGUUAACAACACGAUGGAUAAAGCGUUCCACCUCGAGAAGUCGUUCACCGAUACCGUCGCAUCACUGGCGCCGCCCCGCGAGUCUGGCGAGAAGCUGAUGCCGGGAAUGAUCUACGUGCUGGUCGCGGCCAUGGCGGGCAGUAUCGUCACGCGGCGGAGCAACAUUCUCUUCCGAGCCACCGUGCCACUGGCAUUUGGUGUUGGCGCGGGCUGGGCUGUGAUCCCCAUCACCAUGCGCAACGUGUCCGACCUGGCAUGGACGUACGAGCAGCGAUUCCCUGUCGUGGCAGAUACCCACAAGAGCAUCCGAGAGAGCGUGGAGAAGGGCUGGAGCUUUGCCAAGGUACAUACUGAGGUCGGCAAGCAAUAUGUGGGUGACAAGGUUGGCGAGACGCGGGAGGCUGUUGAGGGCUGGGUGAAGAAAGGAAAAUAA